AUGACUUUGCUUGAAGCAUCCCGGCUACCUAAGUUAUCGUGGAAGCGCUUUGCUAUUGAUGAAGCAGCCUUUCUUUCCAAAGAAUUUGCUAACUGGGAGGUCGAUUGCCGUAUUGCCCAAUCUCGCGCUGUAGUAGCUCGAAUAACGGGGCAGAUAGAUUCGGCAUUCGCUUGCUUGGAUGCGACGAUUGGGGACACUUUGAGGGAGUUGGACAACCCGCAGUUGGCCGAAACCUAUCUUCAAUCGGAAAUCGCGAGAAGAACAGGAAAUGGGAUCACUGCUGGUGUAGCCCUUCUUGAGCUAAGCCUGGCGGAGGCCUUGUUUGCGCAGGGUCGCUUGAAAGCAGCAGAAGUCAUCUGCAAGAACAUCCAGGAUCGACCAACACUUUUGAAAUUCGAGAGGCUGCGUUUGCACCUUCUGUCUGGAAGGUUGUACUUUGAAACAAACGACCUUGAUUCCUUGACACAUUGGAGCGCGGCGUUGAGAGAAACCGGAAGUUUCCACCUCACUAACGGGCGUACUACCCGAGUCAUCGUUUUAUCAAUUUGUGAUAUUCUGCGACGUCUUGGUCACGCCGACCUGGUUCAGCAAUCCAUGCAGCAAGUGGCUUUUCUCGAGGAAGCGGCUGACCCGAUGGCAAUCAACUAUUGGAUUGCACGUAUGCGGCACUUGCAGUCUUCCAGGUCCAAAAUUUGA